AUGGGUGACUACUCUAAAGCAGUAGAAUUCUACAAAAAAACAAUUAAAAUAAAAGAAAAAGCUUUAUCUCCUGAUGACCCGGAUUUGGCUCUGUCCUACAACAACAUCGGUGGAGUGUAUAACAACAUGGGUGACUACUCGAAAGCACUUGAAUUUUACGAAAAAUCACAUCAAAUAGGAGAAAAAGCUCUGCCUCCGAAUCAUCCCGGUUUGGCUACUUCCUACAACAACAUCGGUGGAGUGUAUAACAACAUGGGUGACUACUCGAAAGCACUUGAGUUUUACGAAAAAGCACAUAAAAUCUUCGAAAAAGCUCUGCCUCCGAAUCAUCCCGAUUUGGCUACUUCCUACAACAACAUCGGUCUCGUCUAUGACAACAUGGGUGACUAUUCGAAAGCACUUGAAUUUUACGAAAAAGAUCUCGAAAUCACGAAAAAAGCUCUGCCUCCGAAUCAUCCCGAUUUGGCUUAUUCCUACAACAACAUUGGUAUGGCGUAUUCCGGCAAAGGAGACUACUCGAAAGCACUCUCAUUCUUAGAAAAGGCACUUUCUAUUCGUCAAAAAUCACUUCCGUCAACACAUCCUCUAAUUGAAGACACGAAAGAUAACAUUGACUAUGUAAAAAAGAAAAUAACUCGACAACAAGGUUUCUAUGAUCAAUAUUCAUCAUCAUACAGUGAUUCACAUUAUUGGCAUGGAAAUAAUUCAAAUUCAUAUGAUUUUUAUGGUUCAACAUUCAUCUCAUACACUUUUAAAACAAAAUGGUUUUACCCAACAAGUUUACCUGAUGGUGAAAUUGCAUAUACCCCAAAUGAAGAAAACUAUGAUUCCAUUGUAAAUGAUAUUACAUUAGAACUCAAUGAUAUUGCAUUAGAACUGUCAGAUGAUGACAUUACUGAUGUAUAUGAAGCAGGUGGUGAUGAUUGA